GAAAAAAGGUUUUUCCUAUAACAUUUAUAGGAAGUAUACUGUGGAUCGCAGCCUACUCCUACCUCAUGGUCUGGUGGGCCAAUGUGGCUGGUGAUACAUUCAGCAUCCCUCCAGAAGUCAUGGGACUUACAUUUCUAGCCGCUGGUACUUCGAUACCAGAUCUUAUCACCAGUGUCAUUGUCGCGAGGAAAGGCUUUGGUGAUAUGGCCGUGUCUUCUUCUGUUGGAAGUAACAUUUUUGAUGUUACUGUUGGGUUGCCAGUGCCUUGGUUGCUGUAUGGGCUGAUAUACGGCACUCCGGUGGAGGUGAACAGUGUGGGAAUGGUGUGCUCUAUCUCCAUCCUCUUCCUGAUGCUCCUCUUUGUUAUAAUGUCGAUUGCUUGCUUCCAUUGGAAGAUGAACAAGAGUCUGGGCUUCACCAUGUUCCUGCUCUACUUUGUCUUUGUUGCGGUGUCUCUCAUGUUCGAGUACAAAGUCUUGGUAUGUCCAUUUUAGGUUGCUGCUAGAGAUUGCACGCACACAUUCACACCAAUAACAAAUUAUAUUAUAUUUUAUUUGAGAAAGCUCAUAUACAUAAUAAUAUAAAUUAGAAUAAUUCUGUGAUUGAGGAAUUAUUAAGUGGUUUUUAUAAAGUAAUUAAAAGUUUUAAUUAUAAUAGAGAAUAUUGUGAAUUCUAGAUCUGUAAUAUAUUUUAGCUAUUUUUACAUAUCCUACAGUUAAGCGUUAUGAAUGAUGAAAAUUAUUGUUAUGAAUACUCACUACGAGAAAUGUUUAUCCAUGAUGUUGUACUACUUAGAAUGUGCUCUUGUUCAUCUCAUCUCAUUCAAACCUCAAGAUUCUAAUAUAACACUUGGUUAUUUAUUCAUUUCAAAAAUAAAACCACUUUUAAAAGCAACAGAUAAAUAUAAAUUCGUGUUAUUUUCCAUGCCGUAACACUUUAUAAUAUAACGCUAUUGAUGUUAUUAUUGUAUUUGUUAAUAAUUGAUCCAUUUCUAAGAUGCAACCACUUUUAAAAGCAACAGAUACAUAGAAAUUCAUGUUGUUUCCCAUGAGGUAACACUCUUUAUAAUAUAACUCUAUUGAUGUUAUUGCCUCUCUGUUGAAAAAAACAAGAGUUAAUAACUUUGUUGAAGAGUUAAUAUUGUAUUUGUUAAUAAUUGAUCCAUUUCUAAUAUACAACCACUUUCAAAAGCAACAGAUACAUAGAAAUUCAUGUUGUUUCCCAUGAGGUAACACUUUAUAAUACAACUCUAUUGAUGUUAUUGUCUCUCUGUUGAAAAAAACAAGAGUUAAUAACUUUGUUGAAGAAAUCAAAGGUGUAUCAACUUCAACGGAGUUGGAUAAGGUAUCUAGAUUCGGGGAGAGAAAUGACACAAAGUAUUUUGUGUUAUAGUUUUUCCUUUUUUCCCCUUCCAAUCAGUUCAAUGAUGUGAUUUUUGUAAAAGUGAAGUAUUUGAAUUUUAUUCACGACAAAAAGCAAUGUAUUCAGGGUAAUUGUUUAGACACUGAUGCAUCAUUAUUUUCUCUUGGAUAAUAGAUAUUUGAGUAGAUAAAAUAGGAUAUCGUAGACAGAUAAUAUUGAUUUCUCAACUUUUGGUUUUUGGAAAUUUUUGGCCUUAGAUGCCUGACAAAUCUGACCCAACUCCUCGUAAGUAAAUGUUUUGCCAUUUUUUUUCUUUUGUAGUUGGAAGUCUUCUCAUAAUAAAAUAUAAAUUGUCAAUGAAAAAUUAACUUUAUCAAUUAUUGAGACAUAUUAUUGAUCUCAACAAAGAAACUAUUUUCAAAUCAUGACGUGAUAUAGGCUACUCAAGCUUUGAUUACCACAUAACUUGUUAUCAAUGAUUAAAUCAAAGUCGAAGAUGCGAUUCUAGUAAAAUGAGCAAUACAAAUCAAGCUAAUUCUCGAUCAGCAUUUGAAAAACCUUUCAAAAUCAGCCUUUGGAACAUGAUCGAAAUCAAACCUCUUUGAAACGGACCCCGUUAUUUUCAGCCUGUUGCUAUUGGUUAUGGAUCGAAUCUGUUCUCCUCUUGAGAGCAUCAUCCCACUAACGUUCCAUUGUUUCCACUUUAUAAGCACUCAUCGCGAAUAAGUAUGUAAAUACGUUAUUUAGUUGGUAAUAUAUAAUGUAAAAUAUGUGAAAUAAAUAAUGUUACCAUUAAAUGGGUUAGAUUGGAGUGAGAAAGCUCUAUUAUACACCAAUUUGAUAUAAAUUAGAUUGUUUUUUGAAAUCAAUAAUAAUAAUAUAAUAAUUAAGACGACGAUAACACUUUUAUUUCCCAAUUGGCCUACUUAUAAAUUUUAGAAGAAGAUAUAACUCUUCAAUUCAGUAUUCAAGAUUUUUUCCUGUAGGCUACUUUGAUUAAUUAGGAGAAGCAUUUACUGGAUGAGAAUCCAAAUAAGAUUAAUAAUAAUAUAUAUUAAUUGAAUUGUUAAAUAUACAUUUUUUAAUAUUGUUACCAAUAAUGUGAAGAAAUGAUAAACACGAAAAAUAAUUCCAACAACUUAAGAUAAUUAAUUCAAAGUAAGGUAUUGUAAGGUUUAUUCAGGUAUUCAAUAAAUUAUGCUGUGCAUUGAACUGUUCAAAAUAAAAACUUGAAAAUGCGGAAUCUUUGGGUUGGAAACAGCUAAAUUUAGAAGACGUUUUUGCAAAUAAAUUGAAUUGUAUGAGACAGGAAAGGACCUCUUCAUUCUUAAAUAUUGCUCAUAAUAUCAAUGCAUUUCUUACUUUUGUGAUCUGCCUUCUUCAAAUCACAAUAAUUUCUCUACAUUCAUGACUCAUUCCUUAACACUCAUUCUGAUAAUAAUUAUUAUUCAAUUAUUUUACCUCAAAUCCUCUAACAACUGCAUAUUUAGAGUUUAUAGUGCACUAUCUAUUAUAACUCACAAGUAUAAUAUUAUAAUUAUUAUAAUUUGAUUAAAAUUUCUCACAUUGAAAAUUGGAUCAAGAAUAAAUCUGUAAUUAUUGAUCUUUAUAAAACGGUUCCAAUGCCCAUAGAGUAGCCUUUUUGAUCGCCUUAUUUUAUGCUAGAAAGCAGCUUGCAUUAUAUUCAACAUGACAUGAGGAUUAUCACAUGGAUGGAUCACUAAUCUAUUGAAUAACUCCAUAAACCUUUCUCAAAAGUAUAGAUUUAAUAAGAAUGUUAUCGAUUAUAACACGAAUAUAUUUUUAAUUUAUUGUUGAAAUUUAAUUACUAAACAAGUGAGGUAAAUUGUAGCUAAGACUUUAAUGUAAAUCUGGAAUUGUAAAAUUAGUUAUCUCAUAUAUUAUACUGUAAAUGACAUAGUUGAAGUAUACAGUACCUAUACUCCUAGUGUGUCAGAAAUCAAAUAUACUCCUAUCUACACUACACAAGAAGCCAGAUUUGUACAGUUUCUCAAAUAAUACAGAGAUUUUAGAAGACAUAGCAUAGGGUGCGAAUAUUCACUCGAUUGUGGUAGGUACAAGUGUACAUAUGUAAUAAAUAAAUAAUGAUCUGGUUGUAUGAUCCGCGCCAAAAAAUAUAAACUUUUGUGGCAUGUUGUUAUUUUUGCUCGCAUAAACAAAAAAUGUUACAACUUUUAAAACAUACUUCCAUAUCAAUGUGUUGAAUUGUAAAUUUGGUGUUGCUUGAUUAUUUUUUACAAUAAUUAUAGUCUAAUAAUAUACUGUAAUAAUAAUGAUUCAUAAUACAAAACCACUCUAUUUAUGUGGGAAGAAUAAAAUUAAUUUUAAGCGUUUUAGACUGGAAAUUAGCUUUUUAACGAGUAAAUUUUUCGAGCUACGAAGCUGUCUGUUAUAGAAAUAGAAAUGGUUGAGUAAUUUUAAUUAUUGUCAUCAAUGAUGAAGGUAAUCAGUUCCACUUCUCCAUGCAUUCUGUAGUGUCAAGUCGUUAUCAUACGUUAAUUAUUGUGAAAUAUAAAAAGUGAUUUUGCCAAGAUGUAAGCAAUAAGAACUUCAAUUCAUAAUGUAAAUUCCGAGUGAAGGUGUACAAGUGACUAAUUACUGAUUACAUUAACUGUGUAUUAUUAUAAUUUCUCAACAAUCCAGGAUUGAAAAGCUUUCAAGUAAUGUAUCACAUUUCAAGAUAUAAUCUAACACGUAAUGUGUGAUGUGUGCGUGUGUGUGUGCGUAUUAAAAAGUGUUCGUUUAGAAAUUGGUUGUAAUGUGCAGAAACAAUAAAACAAGACAAGUGGUUAGUUUAUAAAAAUAGGAGUUAAUAAUUUUAAUUUUAAAGCUAAGCUUAGUUGUUGAAUAAGGUGGAAUUUUUGAGCCUAAUUGAUUAAAUAUACAGAGUUGCCGUUCAAACACAGAUUUCUCUGGAUGAUAUCCUGUUCAAGAAAAAGUUUUUUACAAAUAUCGAUCAUAUUUCAUUUAGUGGACUAGAAGAAACAUGGUCAACUUAUGACAUACCGUAUCUUCUUCAAAAAUGUAUACCAUAAUAUGAAGAGCGCGAUUCAUUCAGAAUGCUCAAAAUUAAUUAUUACUUUUUUGAGAGCUUGUUAAAGAGGAUAAGAUGUGAUACGAAAAUAAAUGGGAAGACGUUUUCUUGAAGACGAAAAAUAAACGUAUCACCAGAAUAGUCCUCAGCAUAUUUAAUAGUAACUCUGAAAAGAUUUCAAAUUAAAUUUUGAAGGGACAGAGUUUAAUAAGUAUUGAAUCAGAGAAUUCGGCUAUGAUAAGCUCUAGGAUGAGAGUGAAAAAUUUCUACUCUUUUCAUAUUAUAAUCUCUUUAUAAUCCUCCGAUUCAAUAAGUAUCUCGAAUAUUUGUUGGAAUGAAAUUUGAUGUAUUAUCAUAGUAUUGUUCAAUUUGGCCACUUCAUAGUACAUUUAUCCAAAACGAUUAAUUUACUGGAUACCACAUUUCUGAUAGUUUCGGAAGUGUCAGUUAAAAUUGAACUCAAAUGUAAGAUAAGUGGAUAUUCAAUCAAACCGUGCUAUAGAAAACGCACAACAUUCUUUAUUCUCAAACUGUACACUCAUCAUUUAAAUGCUUAAGAGAAAGAAAAAAGACAAAUAUUGAGCUAUUUCUUUCUUCUUGAGCUAAACUAUAACAAAAUUUACCGAAUUCGGAAUGCGUGACUUUGCGGUAUUUGGGCGUCAAGCGGAACAAGACUUUGAAAAAUGGAAUGAAUGUUAUAGAACUCAAUUGAAAUCAAAAUUUGGAAUAAGUUAAUCCACUCUUAAUUAUUCUGAUGGACUUAUAAAAAUACUAAAAAUAUUGACUAUAAUGAAGUGAUAUUCCAUAAUUUAACAACAUCAAUUUCAAGAAUAGAUUAGAUACUGAAAAUCUAAAUUCAAAAUGGAAUUCAUGCUUUUUCUAUAAAACAUUUAUUCAGGAAUAUCAAAGAUUUAAAUAUUUCCGUAUCAGUUAUAAUUUUUGAGAUAUUCAGAAAGCCUGCCACAUUUGGGAGAACAAAUUCAGAGUAAUCUGUGUUACCAUAUUAUGUGAAAACUAAUGAAAGUUUAGCACAAAGCAAAUUGAUUUACCACGAUGCCAAAAUGUUUUGUAUCUUUAGUUGGCCUAAAUCGAUUCUUGGUUUUUUAACGCAUACAUCAAUAAGAUGUAUAGUUAUGUAGCUAACCAAGUUAGAUGUACAAAGUAUUAAGUAGUUAGUCAACAAUUUCUCAAUUAAAUAUUCAAAUUCGGUACACUAUUCAGUAUAUUACAAUGUUGAGAGCUUUUAUUACUGUUGGAACUUCUCAGUCCAAUUGAUAUUUUCUUCACCCAUUAUUUAACCCUCUACUGAAAUUCCUCUAAUAUCAGUAAUUAUGAAAUCCAACAAUACAACGAGACACCUCAAGUAAAAAACUUUACAUUUCAUCCAAUUUCGUAAAAGUGGAAGCACCUGGUUUUUCUCUGAUUUGUGAUCAAUAUUAUUCUCAAUGAGAACUGGAUUUCUCGUAUACUGGAUUUGUUCUGUUGCCAAGUCAACCUAAGCAUUUUAUUCGAAUUCUUGUAAAAGGAUGAAACUAUUAAAACUUGCUCAUUAUUAUCUUCAAAAGUUGAAUAUUAAUGAGAUAACUCCCAAGUAUGGUGUAAAAAACUUAUUAUGUACGGUAGGUAGUCAUUUACCGUGUUUAAGAAAUGUUUUAAAAAUUCUUUUUGUUAGACAGUAGGCCUAUGUAUUAUUGGAGUGAAUAAAGGAUGUGUCGAUUAAUAAGUGAGAACUAUUCUUAUUGAGAAUUUGAAUAAGAACAAAUUAAUCUUGAAUUGAAGUAAUGAUGAAAAUAUGAUUUUUUUUCAUUUCUACAUUGAAUAAAAGUUGCUGCUAAAUUGGUCAAUAAUACUCACAUUAUUGCUAAGUUAAUUAAGUUAAGUAUUAAGUUGAUAUUAUCGCUCACAUUCGAAUUGAUUUAAACUGAAUAUGGUAACGGGUUUGAAUAACUUUAAUUGAAAAAUUGGCAGUAUUUAUUAAAGCUAAAAGUGCCUAGAAUUAUUACCGAUCAUCUUUUAAUACCAUGCCUAUCUGUUCUCCUAUAAUUUGU